AUGCGAAAGAAAGAACAACAAUUACUGGAACUUGUUGAUGAAGAAUUGGAGAAUGAGCAAGUAGAUAACGAAAGAGAUGAUAACGAAAGGGUAAAUGAUGAUAAAAGAGUGAAUUACGAUGAAAUGGUGAAUAACAAUGAAAGAGUGAAUGACGAUGAAAUGGUGAAUAAUGAUGAAAGAGUGGAUUACAAUGAAAUGGUGAAUAACGAUGAAAGAGUAAAUGAAAAUAAAAUGGUGGAUGAUGAUGAAAGGGUGGACAACGAUGAAAGGGUACACAAUAAUGAAAGUGUGAAUGAUGAAAGAGUUGACAAUGAAAGAGUAGAUGAUGAUGAACAUAUGGAUAUUGAAAAA